UCUUAUUAAACAAGUACUUCCAGUGUCUCCCACCGUUCUGUCUCAGCAGUAAUAGAAAAGUAGUGAGGAGGCUCGGAGGCUCGGCGGUCGAAGUCGAACGCAUCUCUCGAGUCUUCGCUUUCCUUGUCGGCAGCGCUAAGGGUCUCUCUCUGCUUGCGCUCAUCAUGGAAAGCGGAGGCAAUUCCCUUCCUUCUGGGCCAGACGGGGUGAAGAGAAAAGUUUCAUAUUUUUAUGACCCAGAAGUUGGAAAUUAUUACUAUGGACAAGGUCACCCAAUGAAGCCACAUAGGAUUCGAAUGACACAUGCUCUCUUAGCCCACUACGGUUUGCUUCAGCAUAUGCAGGUCCUGAAACCCACUCCUGCCAAAGAUAGGGAUCUUUGCAAGUUUCAUGCUGAUGAUUAUGUUAGCUUUCUUAGGGCUAUCACCCCAGAAACUCAGCAAGAUCAGCUGAGGCAGCUGAAGAGGUUUAAUGUUGGUGAAGAAUGUCCUGUCUUUGAUGGUCUUUACUCGUUCUGUCAAACUUAUGCUGGGGGUUCAGUUGCUGGUGCUGUCAAACUGAACCAAGGAGGUUCUGAUAUUGCCAUAAACUGGUCUGGUGGGCUGCAUCAUGCCAAGAAGUGUGAGGCUUCUGGAUUUUGUUAUGUGAACGAUAUCGUCUUGGCAAUUCUGGAGCUUCUCAAAGUACAUGAGCGUGUUUUAUAUGUGGACAUUGAUAUCCACCAUGGCGACGGUGUGGAGGAGGCUUUUUACACAACUGAUAGGGUCAUGACGGUUUCAUUUCACAAAUUUGGAGACUAUUUCCCUGGUACAGGUGAUAUUCGUGAUAUUGGAUAUGGCAAAGGGAAAUAUUAUUCUCUCAAUGUACCCCUUGACGAUGGCAUUGACGAUGAGAGCUACCAGUCCUUGUUUAGGCCAAUAAUAGGGAAAAUGAUGGAAGUUUUUCGGCCUGGUGCUGUGGUUCUACAAUGUGGUGCUGACUCUCUAUCUGGUGACAGAUUAGGGUGUUUCAAUCUAUCAAUUAAGGGCCAUGCGGACUGUGUCAGAUUUAUGAGAUCUUUCAAUGUUCCGCUCCUAUUGCUGGGUGGAGGUGGGUAUACGAUACGAAAUGUUGCUCGUUGCUGGUGUUAUGAGACAGGUGUUGCACUUGGGAUGGAACUUGAUGAUAAGAUGCCGCAGCAUGAAUAUUAUGAGUACUUUGGCCCAGAAUAUAAUCUUCAUGUAGCUCCAAGUAACAUGGAAAACAAAAACUCUCGUCACUUACUGGAAGAGAUUAGGGCAAAACUUCUUGAUUAUCUAUCAACGUUGCAACAUGCCCCAAGUGUCCAGUUUCAAGAGCGACCACCUGAUACAGAGCUUCCAGAGGUGGAUGAAGAUCAAGACGACGGAGAUAAAAGAUGGGAUCCUGAUUCUGACAUGGAGUCUGAUGACGACUGUAAGCCUUUGCCAAGUCAAGUGAAGAGAGAACACAUCGAACCUGGACGCACAGACUCAGCAACUAAUAUGAUGGCAAUAGAUGAGCCACGCAUCAAAGUGGAGCAGAAUAACUCAAACAAACCAUCCGAUCAACACGCUGAGAUGAACUCAUGACCAAGGAUGUCCAGCAUUCCUCUCUGACGUGCAAUAUAUGUUCACUUGUAGUUAUAGUGGAUUUACUCAAGGCAUUGAUACACUGCUUCUAUGAUGUGGGUGUUUGAAAACUUAUUUAUGAAUGAGCGUGAAAUGGUCCAUUGGAAGCACGAGCUAUUAGUUCUAGCCAUCUUUGUGCAUAUUUCAACGAUUGUAAAGUUUGAGUAGCAGCAGUACAUUAUAGCAGUUUUGGGUAGUAUUUAAUGGAUAGACCAUGAUAUUGUUGA